GGUCAUUUUUUGUGUCACCUUUACUUUCACUGGUGAACCCUUCAAGCUGAGUUACGACAUCCCCGAAGGAUUUAUGAAUUUUUGGGUCUAAACCAAACAAAUCAAAUAUGACCUAAACAUUGAUAACACUUGAUCCUUCUGGUAACACUUGUUUAUGCUUCCGGUCAUCUUCUCAGGUGUUGAUUUUUGCUCGAUUUCCUCCUCGAUGGCUUCGGAGAAGGAUUCACCUGAGAAUCAAGGAAUUGAAGAUAGCGAAAGAAGUCUCCAUGGAAGUGUUUCUUUCCAAAAAGGAGACUCGUCUCUAACAGCCAAAGAUCUUCAUGAUAAGCUUUCUCCUCUUUGGAAAGAAGUUGUAACUUCUUGGAAACUUGUCUCCUUAGGCAAAGGCUACUUUGAAUUUCAGUUCUCAUCGGUUGAAGAAAUGCGUCGAAUUUCAGCAUUAGGUGUUGUUUAUCUUAAACCUGGACUUCUGAGAUUUUUUCCCUGGUCCAAAGACUUCAAUCCAAACAAUCACAAGCAGUCUUAUGCUCAGGUUUGGGUUCGAUUUCGCUAUCUCCCUCAGGAGUAUUGGAUGCCUAGAACUUUGUUUGAAAUAGCCUCUGCCCUAGGUACACCGCUAGACAUGGAUGAAAACACUGGAAACAGAGAGAAAAGAACAUUUGGGCAUUAUGCUAGGUUGCUAGUUGAUGUGGACCUAUCUAAAAAGUUGUAUUACUCUAUAACUGUUCAAAGAGAGGGUUUCGAAUUUCCUUUAGAAGUGAUAUAUGAAAAACUUCCACAAUACUGCAAUAUGUGCAAGCAAAUUGGGCACAAGCACAAUGUUAAGCGCUGUAAGAAGCUAGUGGAAAAAUCUAGGGUGGAUUCUAAGGAAAAUCAGUCUAGGCUAGUUAAACAUGUUUCGAAAGAGGAUAUUAGACCUAACGGGGUUAGCCUAGAAGCUGCAACUGUGGAGAAAGACAAUUUAGCUAAUAAAGGCACUUCACAAACUCUCUCAAAGGAGAACCCUGACCUUGUUUUGAACAUAGCUAGAACAGUUGAGGUGGCUAGAGGCAAAAGCAUUUCUGAAAUUUGUGAGAAGGUUCAUGAUAUAGAUAUAGAUAAAUUUGCUUUGGGGGACAACUUAGCUCUCCAGUCCUGUCUCUCCGAGCCAGCUUUGACUGCUUUAGCUAAUAGUAUCAAUGUUCGGGGCAUUAAUAAGUCUCAUGUGUUAUUUGGUGAGCAUUGCAAUCCUGUUAUGGGUCAGAGUCUUCAGACUUCUUCUCCUGACAACAUCAUAACUAGCACUCCCUCGGUAACAAACUAUACUCAAAAGUGAGUCAAAGAAAGUUGAUGUAUUUCGUCCAAAUUUUGUACUAAAUACCUCAACUUUCUUUGACUCGCUUUUGCUUAUAUUUUGUUACAGAGGGAUUAGUUCUCUUGAUAUGAAAUAAUGUUUUGACUUGUCUAUCAAUUACAACAAAGGAACUAUCCAUAAAAAUCUGGCUAACAAGUCUACUCUUCAGUCUUCUACUCCAAGACUUGACUCGAUGGGUUUGGUUAAAGACUUCAACAAUCAUCUAUGAUAGAGGUUUCAACCCCUAUAGACCAAAAAAGAAAGACAAUUUGAACCAACAAACUAGAGAAGGUAACACUGGUUGCAUCCGAACUCAUUCAGAAAGGGGUAACCACAAAGAUUUACCAAAACGAAGAUUUUGUUCUGAUGUGGCAUUGUAUGAUCUGGUCUAAUUCUUUUAGCAGCUGCUGGAUGUCAGUCUCAGUAGAAGUCUGGCCUUUACUUUUGAUAUCUGCUGUCCUGGUUUGUAGUUUCAGCAGAUUCUGUGUUUGCUAGCUUUUUGGUCUGUUGUGUUCAUUUCUGAUUUUUAAUGUAAUCUGAACCUUGUCUUAGGAGCAGGGUUUGCUUUGUUUUUCGUAUCAGUAGAUAGUUUUUAGUAGCUAGUCUGUCCUUAGAAGUGGUUUUAGACUACUUAGGAGGAUAGUGCUUUUCUUUAAUCUUUUUUGGUUUUAUUUGGGUUUAAGCUUAGUUCCCCAAUUUUAUGCUACUUAGGAGGAUAGUUACUUUGUAAGGUCAAGAUGAACAAAAACAUAUGAUGAAGCUCUAACUCAAACUGAUGGUAUGAUCUUCCUUCACAUUCCUUUAAAUACUUUGGACAAUUGAGAAGGGAAAAGUUGCAUUA